AAAAAAAAAAAAAAGAGAAGAAGAGAUGAUUGUAAUGAAAAGGUAUCAGGUAUUUACAGUGAUGCUACUUAUAGUUAUGGUCCAGUCAGGUCUGGUGAGAGAGACUCUGGGACACCCAUGUGGUCGAACAUUUUUGUCGGCUUUGAUCCAGUUAGUGCCGUGUAGACCAUCAGUGGCUCCGUUUAGCACACUGCGUCCGAACGAGCUAUGUUGCGCUGCCAUCAAGGCACUUGGUCAACCUUGUCUAUGUGUUCUUGCCAAGGGACCACCCAUCGUUGGCGUUGACCGGACCCUCGCUCUCCAUUUACCUGGAAAGUGUUCUGCCAAUUUCCCUCCAUGUGAGGUGUUAAAAUAGAAGCAUUGUUUGACAAAGGAAACAGCUUCAUGGAGAUACGUUUCUUCUCCUUUUGCUUGCUUACGUGGGUGUAUUUUUCAUAUUAGUUGCUCCUUUUGUACUUAAAAAUAAAAGUCUGCAUUUAUAUUAUGUUGGUGAUUACUUACAUGACACUACAUUUAUUUUAUCUUGUUUCCCUUUUCU